UCUCUCUCUCUCUCUCUCUCUAUAUAUAUCUCUUUCUCUCUCUUCGAUUACAGUUGCAGAAACCUUAACUCAUCAGUAAGCUCUUAGAGAUGUCUGGAGUGUGGGUAUUCAAGAACGGAGUGGUUCGACUAGUCGAGAAUCCGGCGACGGAAUCGCAUCGCCGGAAUAAAGUUUUAGUUCAUACGGCAAGUAACGAGGUGAUCACUUCCUAUGCUGUACUAGAGAGGAAGCUAUUGGGGUUAGGGUGGGACAGAUACUAUGAUGACCCAGACCUGCUUCAGUUCCAUAAACGCUCCACAGUUCACCUCAUCUCUCUCCCUAAGGACUUCAACAAGUUCAAGUCCAUGCAUAUGUACGACAUCGUCGUCAAGAACCGUAACUGUUUUGAAGUUAGAGAUAUGUAACUCCUCAAGAACCCUAACUAUAUCUGUAUCUGUGUCCCUCUUCUUCUUCUUCUUCUUCACUCUAGCUAUCUUAGGUUUGCUUCUUGACUGUGAUGUUUCAUGGAUUCAUGUGUGUGUGUUAGCUCUGUAAAUUCUUAUAGUAGCUAUAGUUUAGUAAUGAAAUAUGGUUGGUUUUUUUUUUUUU